CGCAUGGUCACAAAGCUACUAUGAUGAAGACUCUGAGAGUGAGUUCACAAACCGACGUCGCCCAGCCCGCAGCAGUAGCGGCAGCUCUCAACAGUACGGGUCACAGGAUAGACCCCAGUAUGAUCGGCGCUGGUCUGGUGACGAACUUGGUUCGAAGAUCAAGAAGAAGGUGUGGGAUCAAACAAACCUGCCUCCACUAGAGAAGAAUUUUUAUGUUGAGCACCCGUCAGUUGCCCAGAAAACAGAGGCUGAAAUCAAUAGCUUCUACAAACAGCACAAUAUUAUUGUGAAGAGAGGACAGAGACCAAUUCCUGUGUCACAUUUCCAUGAAGCAAAUUUUCCAGAGGAGAUAAAUAAGCAGCUGGAGAAAAAUGGCUGGGCACAACCAACACCCAUACAGAGUCUAGGAUGGCCACUAGCUCUGUCUGGAAAAAACAUGGUGGGGAUAGCACAGACUGGCUCUGGAAAAACUUUAGGGUUUAUUCUGCCAGGUCUUGUACAUAUUAAAAACCAGGCAAGGAGUACAAAAGGAGAAGGACCAAUUGUACUGGUUAUUGCACCGACUCGAGAACUGGCCCAACAGAUCAAAAGUGUGGCCAUUGAGUACGGCCGGGUCCUUGGUAUCAAAUCCUGCUGUUUGUUUGGUGGCCAGUCAAAAUCUGUUCAGGCUUCGUAUAUUUCAGAAGGUCCAGAAAUAGUAGUGGCUACUCCAGGCCGCCUUCUUGACUUUAUGGACAUGGGCGUUAUCAAUCUCGACCGUACAUCAUAUGUUGUACUGGAUGAGGCAGAUCGUAUGUUGGAUAUGGGAUUUGAACCACAGAUAAGAAAAGCUCUACAGCCAUUAAGGCCUGAUCGGCAGAUGUUGAUGUGGAGUGCCACCUGGCCACAGGAUAUUCAACAGCUAGCUCACGAUUUCCUGGGAGAGUUCACACAGGUCAAUAUUGGUUCUGUGAACCUGAUGGCCAACCCCAACAUUCUACAGAAAGUUCAUGUUUGUGAGAGAAGGGAAAAACUUAAUUUAUUGAUAAAUGAACUAGAGCUGGCAAGUGCAGAUGGAAAGCAGAAGACUUUGAUAUUUGCCCAGACAAAGAUGCAGGCAGACUUCCUGACACAGAUGCUGCAGAAGAGAAUGUUCAAGGCAGUAGCAAUACACGGAGACAAGUCUCAGGUGGUGAGGGACAGGACUCUGCAGAGUUUUAAAAAGGGAGAAGUAGACAUUCUUGUGGCCACUGAUGUUGCAUCAAGAGGGCUAGAUGUCAACGAUAUCAAGCUUGUAAUCAACUAUGACUACCCAAACAACGCAGAUGAUUAUAUCCAUCGCAUUGGUAGGACUGGCAGAGCAUCGAAAACUGGCACAGCCGUGACAUUUGUCACCAGUGAGGAUACUGGGAAGAUGGGCGAAUUGAUCACAGUUUUAAAAGAUUCAAAACAAACAGUUCCACAGGAGUUGUUAGAAAUGGCUGAAAGGGAAUCCAGGUUUAACACGCGAGGUUUCUCAGAUCAGUACAGAAAGCCACAGAGAUCCGGCUAUUCAAAUGAAUACAGAAAGCCAUACAGACCAGAUUUUAACAGGAGGAACAGUUGGUAA